UCAGACAUGAAGAUGUUGCUCCAUCAUCUCUGACAGCCGACCUCAACGAUGCCUCGCAUUUUACCCAAGAGAGGCUAUGAAGAAACUAUUCGGUUACGUCCCCUGAGUGGUGUAACUACUGCCUAGCCACUGCAUCUUCGGGCUCCUCUCUGACAACUUGACGGCACUAUUUCCUGCCUAACGUCCGGAGCCAGUUAGUUGACCGAGGGCAGCCAGUUAGUUGACCGCCUCCAUGGCCAGAGUUCUGCCGUAGCUGCUGGCAUCAUAGAGGGAGAUUCACGACGUCAACUUUCAGCAGAACUUGGGUGUCUGUCGAGUUUUGUACGGAGCUGUCAACUUUUCUGGAUCAACAGCAUCACCCUCCGCUUCCAUUGAAGGAUCAACAGCAUCACCAUCAGCCUUUAUUGAAGGAUCAACAGCAUCCCCCUCCGUCACCAUGUUUCUGGUGCUGGCUUGUUUCUCGCUGGUCGCAGCACAACCACUGCCCCAGUACCUGAUGAGCAUGGCGUCCAAGAGUUUCCUGCCCCAGUCUGGCUACCAAAAUUUGAUCCCUGGCUCGAUGGAUCCUUUCACCUCAACUUUCCUCAGGUCGCCCAUGGCGCAAGAGCUCUUUGACCUUGACCCCGCCCCACCGCCAGGCUCGGAGAAGGCGGCAAAGCAGGCCGCCGCUGCGGCCGCCGCAACUCCCGGCCAGGGCGACGCCCUGCUCCCGGGUGAUAUAGGUGGUGGCUUCUUCAGCCCUCCACAAACCGGAAACAGAUUUUUUACCUCUCCAUCUCAGUUUGACCUUGGUCCAACCAAAUCGUUCCCCUCCGCGAAUGAGCCCGGGAUGUUUCGACUGACCAGCGUGUUCGGGACGCCGCCCUCUGCAGCUGGUGGUUUGUACACCUCGCCGCUAGCCUCCAACACUGGCGGUCUACCCGGAGCCACGAGCCCAAACAGCCAAGGUAGCGACCCCCCGCCCGGUGCUGGCAUGUUCGGGUCCACGGGACAAUUUGGCAGCCCCACCCCACCUAACUCUUUCCCCCAGACAGGUAACACGAUGUUUCCAUCUGCCCAGAACUAUCAGCCCCAACAGUACUCAACGGGUAACGGGGGGUCGCCUGGGAUCUCACCACCUGGGGGCGCGGCGUUCGGGUCACCGGCCAGUGGGAUGUACGAGCUAGCGCCCAACAGCACAGGUUUCCCGGCAGGGGGCGGCAGCGAGCCCCAGCCCUGGACACAGCCGACAACCCCACAGGGAGGAGGGUUCAGUUACACGCCUCAGCAGGGUGGGCAAUUUUAUUCGCCUCCACAACAGCCACAAAACAGCGGCAGUAACUUCGGCCAACCACAAAACAGCGGCGGUAACUACGGCCAACCCCAACCUCAAAACAGCGGCACUAACUACGGCCAACCACAAAACAGCGGCGGUAACUACGGCCAACCACAAAACAGCGGCGGUAACUACGGCCAACCCCAACCUCAAAACAGCGGCACUAACUACGGCCAACCACAAAACAGCGGCGGUAACUACGGCCAACCACAACCACAAAACAGCGGCGGUAACUUCGGCCAACCACAAAACAGCGGCAGUAACUACGGCCAACCACAAAACAGCGGCGGUAACUACGGCCCACCAUACCGUAGCGACGCCAACGGACCGUACCAAGGCGCGAGUCAGCAGCCCUACAUGGGCCAACCCACACAACCCAUAUCCCAACCCAUAUCACAACCCGGUCAACAGAACCCCGGAAUGUCACAACAGCAACCACAGUACAACAGCAACGGCUACGACCAAAGGCCACCACCACAACAACAGUACAGUUCAAACACGUACGACCCAAGACAGCAACAACCACAGUUUGCGCCCAACAACUACCAACAACAACCCUACACCAACACACAGCCACAGCCUGGAGCGUACAACGGCAACCAACAAAAUGGCGGCUACAGUUACCAGCCUCCCCAAACCGGAAGUGGACCCAACACCAACUUUCAACAAAAUCCCGGACUUGAGCGGUACGGCUAUUCAGAUCCACGCCCACAAGCCCCCAGCAGCUAUACACCCCCAGUGUACCAGCCCCCCGCCCCUCCAGCUCAGCCCCCAGCUCAGCCCCCACCCGAUUCCUUUGGCUUCGAUAUCAAAACGAUCAACAUGUUCCGAACCGCCAUGGGUAAAGACAAGAUUGAGCUGCCCAACAGUCCGCUCUUCAGCUUUGCUGCAAUGUCCAGACAGCCCAGGACGGACGGCUUGACCGGAAGUGCUGCGGCCAGACCCCCGGCCUCACAGAACUUGAUGGACAGGGUCAUGGCGCUUGGGGCUAUGGGCACGGUGGAGCUGUUUUAG